GCAGCAGCAGCAGCAGCAGCAGCAACGUCGUUGCCUGCACCGCAGCUACUCUCACAACUGCGUGUGUGGCUUGGUAGGUAAACAUUGCAGUCCAACACACAAACCCAGCAGCCCCGCGCCUCACAUGCGCGGGCCGGGCGAUCAUCGCUUUCAUCCCUAUCCCUGAUCCCAAGCAUCACGCCGUUGCCCUCGCCCCACAGCAACAUCCUGACUCGUUCACCUGACUCACGGUGACUCUGUGAUCUCGUCUCAAACAACGAAGCGCAUUUCCCCCUCCACGACAGCCCUCCCCACCACCGACCAGAGGCAUCAACUCAUGCACUCAAGCUUGUUGCGUGUCUCGGCACAUUGCUUCUUCGCUCCACCCCUCAUCUUGCCAACCAUUCAGCGGCUGUCGCUGCACCAGCGGACGAUCUUGGUCUUGAUCAACUCGCGAACUAACAGCACAUGAGCACACAGUGCCCUCUCCAAGCGUCUCAUCAAGAACGGCACACAGACUUCCCCUCCCCCUUCCACAUUUGCACUCGUCCGCCUCAACACCAAGAUGGCAUCUCCUCAUUCGCAAGAGGCACAAUCCCGCGCCCACAGCAGCAAAGACCCGUCCCACGCAAGCACGCCAUCUCCAACCGCCCCAGUGCCCCAGCAGCAGCAGCAGCACCACCACCACCACCACCACCACCACCACCACCACCACCAGCGUGAUCCUUCAGCAGGUGCCGUGCUUGCAGGCAAGCGUGAAGGCAAGCAGCAAGGUACUCUCGUCACUUCUUCAUCAGCGUUGACAACACGAGACACUGGCUCCACACGUCCAACGGCGGCAGGCGCAAUACGCGCAACAAAUGCACGGGCCCACGCCCGUGUGGAAGAGGCCCACCGGCAAGGAGGCGACAACUCCCGCUCAUCCAGUUCGCCCCUCACGUCCGAACACGGCAGCGGGCACGAGGACAAGCACGAACACGCGCGCGAGCACAACGCACCGCCACGCCACCACCACCAUCACCAUCACCCGCGCAAAAAGCACAAGAGACACAAGCAGUCCAACAACAACAGCGGUGAAGGCAGUGGCAGCAGCGACAACAGUGGCGAUCACCGCACUGGCAACCACAACAACGGCCACGGUCACGGCCACGCAUACACAUCCACCACGUCCUCUCGCAAGGACAGGAAGGAGCGCAAGCGCAGAAAGAAGAAACACAGUCGCAAGCGUGCUGCACACAGCCGGCACAGCAACAGCAGCGACAACAGCAACAGCAACAGCGGUGGCGGUGAUUGCGAUAACGAAACGCCGAAAAAGGCGCCAAAGAUGGGGCGCGCACCACACCAUGUCCGGCAACAACAUGAGGAACAACAACAGCAGCAGCAGUCGGCACUGCGCGGUGGUCGAUCAGGUGCGCCGCUACAGGAGCACGCGCGCACGCGCAUGCACACUGCCACUGACGUGCCAUCGUCAUCACAGCACCGCAAGCACGGUCCAAAGCACGGCGUUACUCCAAUGCCACAACAACCACCACAACAACAGCGCCAACAACGGCUGCAGCAGCCGCCGCAGCACGGACGAGGACAGGGCCACGACGAAGAGGGAUCAGAGCAGGAAGGCCUGGCAUUGCUGCAGCAAGCGGCACAGCAGGUGACACAGAAGUCGGCAGCGCGCGCCCCCGACGACAGGCGUUCGCGCACCACAGACUCUGGGAUCGACCGCAGUCGCAAGAGCUCGUUCACCGUGCCCGUUGGUGACAGUGCAGGCAUUGUGGGUGCCGCAACCACAACGGUAGCAACAGCAGCGCCACCACAGGCACGUGCAACAGCAUCAGCACCAUCGCCACCUCCACCUCCAACAGCGCCCGAAGCAACGAGGCUGGACCCGUCCACCCAGCGCACCGCAACAGCACACGGACACGAAGCAACCAGUGCCUUCAAAGCUUUUCCGUCCAGCUUGCUAUUUGCGCAGGGAGCGCAACACCACACCCCGUCAUCCUCCCACCAACAGCAGCAGCAGCAGCAGCAGCAGCAGCUUGCGAUGCACUCUUCGCUCCAACAUAUGUCUCCACUCCAACAACAACAGAUGGCGCAGCUGCUGCAUGCCAUGCAAGGCAUGCAAGGCAUGCAAGGCGUGAGCACUGCACAAGCGUUGCAGAUGCUCCAACAACACCCACAGCACCAGCAACACCCACAGCACCAGCAACACCCACAGCACCAGCACCAGCAAGAACAGCAAGAACAGCAAGAACAGCAGCCACACGUGCCGGCAUCACUGACGGCACCAGGCACGAUGCACCCCGCCAUGAUGGGCAUCAAUCCCGCGCUGCUCGCCAUACACCACCAACAACAGCAGCAGCAGCACCAACAACCAUCACAGCAGCCCGCGUCACAGCAACCGUUACAACAACACCAGCAGCAGCCUUUCUCGAGCGUCCCUCCCACAACCGCUGGCAUGAUGCUCCCGCACGUGUUAUUCCCAGGGUUACCCCAACCACAGCACCCACAGCACCCACAGCACCCACAGCACCCACAGCAGAUUCAGCAGGCACAGUUGCACGUGCCCCCACACGCCUCGGCGUUCUCACAAUUCCCCAUGCACAUGCACGGCGCGGUUCCUGUGGGCGUGUGGGUGCUCGAUCCCCAAUCGCACCAGCAGCCGUACAGCGUGUGGCCGCAGCCGACAGCGCCGCUGUCGGACUUGAAGGGCAUGCGAUGGCAGGAGAUUGAACACGCUGCCAACCAGCUCAACAAGACGAAGAUGAAGCUGGCCACGGAGUACACGGACCUGUUUGAUGAGGUGAAGGAGUUGCGUGCGCGUGCGUGGCCCACCCUCUUGCAAAGGUCGCCACGCGUGCAGAUGAUGCUUGCAGGCAUGCACAUGCAGCCAUCUUUCCCCGCCCAGCAACAGCAACCAGCCCAUCAACAGCUCUCCUUUCAACAGCUGCAGCAGCUGCAACACCAGUUACAGCACCAGCGUGCCCCGCAGCACCAAUAGACAAUCUGCAUCCUGACCGAUCGACAGGCAUACACAUUCGCGCGUCCAUGCGCUGUUACUCGACCGUUUUCGUGUCCACGAUGCCAUUGCUGUUAUUGUUGUGCUGUUGAAUCCUCUCUGCUGUAUGAAGCAGCAACAGCUGCGUUCGCUGCUCUCGAGUUUUUUAGGUGUGACAUGAGACUAUGCGACAAAAGAACAUGCGUCGUUAUUUGUGUCCGCGUGAACUUGCAUUACUCCACUGUUUGUGUAUGUGCCCUUGUGCCGACGUGCGAGUGAGUGAGUUUGUGUGUGUGCUUCUGCGUGCAUGUGUGUGUGUGAGUGAGUGAGACAGAGCGAGAGAGAGAGAGAGUGUGUGUGUGUGUGUGUGUGUGUUU